AUGGGUUGUUCAAAUGCUCGUUUAUUAGUACAAGCACCAUCGGCUACUGAAACCGGUGCAAGAACGAAUAAUCCUUUAUCAUCAUCAACAGAAGGAACGUCGCCAAGUAAUGUUCCUAUUGAUACAACAACACGAAUGCAUUUAACAGGAGUUGAUCUCGUUGUGGAAAGAAAUGGUUCAUACACACUUUUACUCACACCCAAAACACAUAAGCAAUUAAUGCCUUAUGUAUUACGAAAGAAAAGAUUUCGAAUUCUCGUUGAUAAGCCUCGCACAGAACCGACAUUAAUUCCUAAUGAACAAAUUAUGGAAAGUAAUAAAGAAUUAAAAAUAAAUUCUGAAAAAGAUACAAAAUCUAAACAAAAUCAAAUGAAUGAAUCAACAAUUGAAUCUAUUGAACAAAUUGCAUCUGAUGAAUUAAAUAAAGUUAAAUCUCGUUUAUUACGUGGUCGAAGUAUUGAUCGUGGUAAUCCUGAUGAUGAAGAUGAAUAUACUCAAUCGGAUGAUGAAGGUAUGAUUGAAGAAAUUAUUACAACUGUUGAACAAGAUAAAGACCUUGAAUGUAAAGUUAAAAAGAAAAUUGAAACAAAAAGAACUAUGUCACAACAUCCUGAUACACAUGAUACAAUAACAAAAGUUGUUAAAACUGAAGUUACAGAAAUAACACGUACAAUAACAUUAAAUGAUCAUCAUGAUAUUGAACGUGCUAAACGUGAAUUAGGUAUUGACGCUGUUAAUAAACUCUUACCAUCAUCAACAUGGACUAAACAAUCAAAUGAAGCUGAAAUAAAAGACAAACCUGGUGAACCAAUUAAAGAAGUAAUUACAUCAAAAGAUUUAUCAUCGGAUAGUCAAAUAAAACAAACUCAACCAGAAAAAAAACUUGUUUUAUCUGAAUCGACAACAGUUGGACGAGGUCCUGUUAAUGAAACAAUAUUAUUAUCAUCAUCAUCACCUCCAAAAUCUGAACAAAAAUCAAUUGAAAGUAAAAAAAAGAAAAAAAAAUCUAAAUUUUGUUCAUGUACACGUUCAACUGAUGAUGAACAUAAUAAACAAAGUUUAAUUAAAAUUUCAACUGCACAAAAAGAUCAAAUCGCAACGGUACCAACACUCGUUAUUAAGUCAGCUAUGGAUACACAAAUUCAAGGUCAACAAUUAAUAUCAUCAGAUAUUAAACAAUUAAUUACCGAUAAAAAAUUUCUAUUAAUUGAAUAUAUACAUUCAAAAAUAUUCACUCCAUCAAAAUUAUUAACAUCAAAUGAAGAAGAUAUAAAAGGUAGAAAAAUUUCAUCACGUAUUUUGGAUUUAUUACGUUAUGAUCGUUGUUCGUCAUGGACACAAAUGUUUGAACAAUUAACUGAUGAAUAUGCUAAUUUUUUACCGGCUAAUACAAUUAUACAACCAAUGAUUAAUACAUAUGAAAGUUUAUUUACAAAUAAACAGUCAAAUUUAUUAAAUACAUUUUCAACAAUUCAUAAUGAAAAUGAUAUUAAAAAUAUUCAAGAAAAUAAUGACUAUAUAACUAUUGUAGAAAACUAUAUUGAUGAACGAGAAAAUCAACCAACUAUUGGAAUUCUUGCACAACAAUCUGUUGAAAAUAUAGAAAAUACACUUAAAAAUUUACAACAAACUAUUCCAGAAGAAGAAGUUGAAAAAGGUAUUUAA